GUCUUUUUGAGCCCCUUGUUCCGUGGGCGGGGCGGAAGUGUUUGUUUGUGUGGUGCAUUGUGGGGAGUGUGGUUCCGGUGAGCAGAAGUAUAGCUCCCAUAGCAGACGAGAAACAAGCGAGUCGGAACUGACACCAAACUCGGAACGAAAAUGAGAGACAAACAGAAGCGGCGUAGGGAGCGAACAUGGGCGGAAGCAGCGAGGAUGGUUCUGGAGAAUUACUCUGAUGCCCCAAUGACUCCAAAGCAGAUCCUAAAUGUCAUUCAAAGUGAGGGGCUGAAAGAGACCAACACUGGAUCCUCCCCCCUUGCCUGCCUAAAUGCCAUGCUGCACUCUAACUCCAGGACUCGGGAGGCUCUCUUUUACAAACUUCCAGGGCACAUCAAUCUUUUCACUAUGAAGAAGAAUGCAUUGCAGUUGUCUCGUGCCAUGCCCUUGCCAGAGGAUGGUAACACAGAGGAUACAGAAGGAAUAAAAUGGAGUGAAAGCAAAGUGGCAACUGCUGGUGAGCAUGGCAGUCCGAAAGAAGAAGCAGUCAUCAGUGCCUCGUGUUCCAGAGAGUUGCACUGCAGGGAGACAAGGUCCCUGGUACAAAUGAGUAAGCAGAAGCGGAGAAGUGCUGUUCUCCUCCCCCGUGUGGUACUGACACCACUGAAAGUCAAUGGUGCACAUUUGCCUUCUACUUCAGGGUUAUCCGUGCAUCAUGGGAGUCGAGAGUCCAGCCGAGUCCGUACAGCAGGAGGAAGUUUGAGUUUUCAGAAGCGAGCGGCAUUCGGUAGAGAUGGGGGUCAUCAUCUAAGGGGAAUCCGUGGCCCUGGGCCAGGGCAAGUGAAAAGGAGCAGGGUAGAAGAAAUUGAUUUUGAGACCCCAGGGUCUAUUCUUGUGAACACAAAUCUUCGUGCCCUAAUCAACCUGCGAACCUUCAAUGCUCUUCCCACCAAUCUCCAGCAGCAGUUGCUCCUCCUUCUGCCUGAUGUGGAUCAGCAGGUUGGCACGGAAGGGCAGUUACGGAUGAGCACCAGUGCACUGAACAAUGAAUUCUUUGCCCAUGCUUGUCAGAGGUGGCGAGAGAGACUGGCAGAUGGAGAAUUCACGCCUGAGAUGCAGCUGCGGAUACGGCAGGAGAUGGGCAAAGAGAAGAAAACUGAAGACUGGAAAAAGAGGUUCUUUGAAGAAUUUUAUGGACAAAAAUUGGGGCUUGCUGAUCAACACUUAUCAGAUGAAGGUGAAAAGAAUGGGCAGUCCAACACCCAGAGAGUGCUGCGUAGCGCCCAGAUAAAGGAGACUGUGGCACAGCCUAAGGACUUGUCUGUGCCAGGAAUGGACAGGAGACACAGGAAUCCCAGAGGAAAGGACAAACAAGAAGAGACUGUGAAAGUUCAUAUGAGCACAAAGAUUAAAGAGUCUUCCUCACCAUCUCUGAAAGGAUCAAGCACAGAGCCUCUGGGUAUGGAGUCCCAUAUUCCUCCCAAUGGUUCCCAUACCCCCCUCACUUUUCCUGAAAGAGUCCCAGAGCCUCAUCAAGACAGUUCUGAACAAAAACGAAAAUUUGAGACAGAGCCUUAUAGCCCCUCUGUUGAAAAGAAACCCAGAAUGGAGCAGCGUCGGUCCUUUCGUAACACAAUUCAGAAUGUUUACACAGAAAAGCCACAGCCCACCAAAGAAGAACCUAAAGUCCCACCAAUUCAGAUCCAACUUUCUAGGAUCAAGCCUCCCUGGGUUUAUAAAGGUUUGCCAGCUCACCAGUUCUAUCCCUGGGUCAUCCCAAACCCUGAUCCCCCUGGGGGCCAGCCUCCUCCCUGCUCACCUUCUGACAGUCAGACCAGUGCAAUUGGUGGCGGAGGUGGCCCGGGAGGAGGCAGAAACCAUAAGUCAAGAAGUGAAUCCAGGAAGCGAAAGGUCAGACAAUCCGCAAAGCAACCUGCAAGUUUGUGCAGAACACAAUUACUGUCGCCAGCAUCCAUGAGGAACAGUCUAACAAAAGCCACUGGGAAACUUGGUGCCAGGAACAGGCGUUCCUCACUCAUCCGAACUGAGUUCAACACUUCAGCCUACUCUGUAUUUGGCAAGGUCAAAGAACUCAGUGUGGCUGGAGCUUUUAAACCAGGGUCCAUUUGUGAAGUCCUUGCAAAUGGACUGUCUUUAUUAGGGCUUUGCUUUGCCCAUUGUGCAUAUGAGCAGGGCGCUGAUAGAGACCCUGUGCAACCAAGUAAUGUAAACAUUGUCCAGAGGGAAUCCUAUUUAAGCGCUUCUCCUGAUGUUGAUAUCACAGAGUCUUUACCCUUUAGAGAACCUAGUAAUGGCAGCCAUGUUAAUUCUCUGUCCACGGUUCUUGGUGAUGUAUCAAACAUUUUACAGAGCAGAAGGAAGCAACUUUCAGUAAAGGGGAAACAGAGGUACUGCACCCUAAAUAAAUGUAACAUUCCCUUCCCAAAAGAGUUUCAUCCUGCAUUACAGUCUAGGGGCAACGCGUUGCCAUGUAGAAUUGUACAAAACUCCUCGCAGGCUGACAUAAAAUUGGCAGUUUGGCCUAAGGCUGCUGCUCGAAUAGCGGAUUCCUCUGAUUGUGCAACGGUUGGGUCCCUGUGUCCCAGACGUAAAACACUUCUAAUAUCCAGUUCUAGUAUCCUCUCCAAAAUUCCAGCUCUACAUAGUGUGGAACAGCAUCUCCGUGAUUACCCAAAAUCAUCAGCGCCAAUUGGACACUCAUCACUUAGGGGUAAUCUGAAUGGCCACAGGCCAUGCUCUGUACCUAUUCAUAAAUCAUCUGGAGAGUUGAACCCAAAGGAUCCUAAUUUUAAGAGAUGGAAUUUUCAGGCUCAUUCAGAUACCUUGACAGGAGAGGCCUCUUCUGUACGUACAUCAUCUUACCCCGCGUUCCGAAAUGAAGACCCUUAUUCAUUCCUGGCUCUUCUCAUGGAUGAAAAGAAAGGAAACACAAACUGGACUGGCACUACCCUUCUUUGAGAUGCCUGCAGCCCAAGUAUGUGGCAAACCACACUGCACACUUCCUAGGAGAGCUGCACAGAGAUUCUUUCCCAUCUCGUCUGCACCUCCACAGAAUUCUCAGAGGGUAGGAUUGGUGUCAAUCUUCCAGUAAUGCUAUCUUCAACAUUAACCCUGUGCCAGAAUUUCAUGAGAUCCGUAGAUGUAGAAGAGGCUGCUGUGCCGCCACAUGGCACCAGAUCUUUCCAUUAUUUUCCCUGUGUUUCCAGUAUGUAUGUGCCUCUUUCUCUGACUGAGUUUGCAGAGCAUGGAGAAGAGAUCCCUGCAAUGGUUCUGCAGCCAACAAGCCAUGAGCAUGUGCAGAAGGUGUUGGGCCCUCUGUCCCAGUGACUGUAGCACCUUCCAAGCUCUGUGUUUUGUGCCUUGUCGUGAAAGAAUUUCAGUGGCUUUGGGACAGCAAAUACUCACGCCAGUGUUUUCCAUAGAUCUCAGCCUGGAACUGUAAAUACAUAUUCUUUCACUUUGUUAGACAUGUAAGUGCAGAUAAAGAUGCUUUAGCUAUUUCUAGUAUUAAUCUCUUCAAUGGGGCAUUGUAGGUCCUGCCUUGCUAAUGACACCGCCACAUGGCAGGCUUAAUGGCUUUGGUGGGCGGGUAGGUGGCGAGUUCAUCUUUUGUUCUGCGUGGACAGUAUUUCUGCAAAGAGGAGAUGUUUUAGGACUGAACGGGUAAUCACUGUUUUUGUAUAAAGUAAAAUAUUUGGCUCCUGUAAGCACCUUCUGCAUUCCGGUGUAUUUAUGUUGUAAACUCUAUAAAUGUAUAUUCUGUAUAGAUGGCACCCUUGUCUUGUAUGCACCUACCAUCUUAAUAAACUUGUUAUACAUUCA